AAAGCAGUUAAACCCUCGUUCGCAGUACCGUUUUCUUAACUUAUUGGACAUUUAAACUCCGCUCGAAACCAACGUAUACUAUUUUAUUACAACCUCGUUUCCAAUUCGAGAACGGAGCGCGCAAAGCUAGGCUUGAUUGGCCCCACUUUAAAGUUGGGCAACUUCUGCUUUCUGCUUGCGCGAUUCCACGCGCCAUUUUUACGAAUUUGAACAAAGGCGAGUGGCUGGUCGGCUCUCCGGAUUUUCGCGCAGAAAUCAUGAGUUCCACUGAGAACAAGGGCGAUGUGGCCACGCAGCCGGCCGACGAAGUCAUCUCGGCCAAGGAGAAGUCGGCCGGGGACGCCAAGACGGAGAAAUCGCCCCAGAAACGGUCCGCGUCUGAGUUAAAUGAUGACGACGACUCAAAGAAGAAGGCCCAAAAGACGGACCACAAGGGCGACAAGAAGGAGAACGGCGAGAGCGACGACAAGUACGAGGAAGGCGCCGGCGACGAGGAGGCGGGCGACGAUGACGACGACGACGCCGUCCCCGACGGAGAUGACUACGACGAGGAGGCGGACGACCCCGAAGGAGACGACGAUCCGGACGACGACGACGAGGACGACGCGUAAAAGGAGCAGCUCUCUCGUCGAGAACGUCGUCGUCGUCGUCGCCGCUGGUUUUCGUGGGGGUUGGGAGGGCCAGAGGAGGACACUGCGCGGGGCCGGAAGUGUCCGGGUCUUUUCGGACACUCUCUCACUUCCUUCCUGUCCCGGAAACAAGAAGGGGGGAGGGGAGAGAGACACAGCCGGGAGAAUCCGGACUCCACCCCCGCAAAAAGAGGAAUCCUCUCUCGUCGUUCCCUGGACUCUUCUUCUCUGUCGCUCUGAUGUGUUCUCUUUUCGAGUUUUAUUUUUUUCGAUCAUCCGUACGUCAUGGUUUCUGAAAGAAAGUCAUCACAUAUGUCGGGAGGUCCGAACGACUGGUUUACUUUUCGUCUAGUUAAGUUGGGAAUGAGUGUUAGCAUAGCCUUGUAUCCCUCCUUGUUUGCGGUUCAAUUUCUUGGUAGAUUGUUUUGAUUGUGGCGCGUCGUCGUUUGGGAGGGCAGAAUAUGAAUGGAAAACAACCUGACUUUUUUUUUAUGCUCUUGUCUUUUUUAAUAUCUUCCCUUUCGCUGUUUUUUUUUUUUUUUUUUUUUUUUUUUUUUUUUAUAAAAGCGUGUUAUUUGGCGUUAAAAGGAGCACCGCGACAUUAGAAGUUUCGACGUCUGUCCCGUCUUUGCGGGCAUUCUGGGUUUCGAGACAGCGACCAUCUCUAUAAACUAGGACCUGUUGCAUUUCGUGGGGGAAACUCGUAAUGCCAAGUUGCGGGAAUUUGUUUUUAAAACAACCGGUUAAAGAGCCACUCGUGCAACAAAAAAAAAAAAAAAACUUUUUUUUUUUAAAUAUACGUCGAGGGGACGUAGUUGGGGAAAAGGGGGGGGGGGGGGGGGCGAGAAUCAGCCAAUAAAAUUGUCACCCGAUUCUGCAUCGUCAUCAACACAAAGAUCAUGAGUGUACUUUCGUUCAUGUCUCGUCCCUUUCGGUGUGUAAUUUUUGCGAUGGGGUGGGGCUUUUUCAAUGCAUUCUUUUAUUAAUGGCAAAGUGAGCAUUUAGCUUCGCUCUCGCUCAGGGUGAGUAUUUUUCGUGCAUUUGAGAAAAAAAAGGAAAGGAUAUACCAGUUUUCGUUGCGCUGCUGCCAGUUUUGGCUCGUGGGACAACUGUUUUUGUGCGUGGCUACCCGAUUGGAUGUUACGAAGCUUGUGGCGAGAGUGAAGUUCUGCUCAGUCUCCUGUUUUUUUGAACCCCCAAUUUUUUUUUCCUGGAUCUUGACAACAUGCACAUUGCACAUUUUUUGUUUCCUCCUGUGAACGGAAAGUACUUUCACACUGUAGAUAUAUAUAAGGAGAAAAAAAAUACCUCCAAAAGAUG